AUGUCUGAAACGAACCAGAACAAGCCAAUUGAAUGGUCAGCGGCGCUAGUGGGCAAGCAUCUCAAGUUUUGCCAGCGACACUUGCAUCUUCUUCCACCGCACCAUCAGGACAAAGACCCAAACCGACUUGCGGUGAUCUUCUAUGCGCUUACAUCGAUCCAAUUGCUCAGUGAGCGGGAUGCAGAUGUGGGCAAACAGUAUGGGUACAGUUUAGAGUGGCUCCGGUCGUGCUAUGUGGAGUGUGAGGGCGUGGAAGGUGGUGGUAUUUUGUCUGGGUUUGCAGUAUGUUCUAUGAAGGAAGCCCGGUUGUUGAGCACAUUGAGCCUUCCAAAUACGUUGUUCGGGCUCAUUUCGCUGAUGCUAUUGCGGGACGGUGAGUUUGUGCGGUCGCGGGUGUGUUUGCGGUCGUUGGGAGCGCUGGUUUCGCGGUGCCAGUUGCGCGAUGGGUCGUUUGUGUCUUUCUUGCGAGAGGAUGGAUCGCCAGCUAGGGUGGAUGCGCACGACUUGCGGUUCUGCUACGUGGCUGUGGCUAUAUUGAGGCUCGUGGGGUGUCGAACUCGAGCUGAUUUCGAGCGGUAUAUCGAUGUUGGUGGAGUGGUGGAGUUUAUUUGUUCGAGAGAAUGUUCUGUUGGCGGAUUCGGCGAGUGCGAUGAGCCGCAUGGAGGAUACACUUCGUGUGCACUAAGUGCGCUAGCGAUCUUGGGAGAGCUCGAUCAGCUUGACCUGGCGUUCCGGGAACGUACGGUGAGAUGGCUAGUGGAUAGACAGGUGCGGGAGGAUGCAACGACGAUGACUAGCGGAGACUCGGUUGAGAAUGAAGAUUAUGAUCCAGACGACUGUGGCGGGUUCAAUGGGCGUGAAAACAAACUGGCAGACACAUGUUAUGCGUUCUGGUGCCUCAAUGCGUUGAGCAUACUGUGUCCUGACGACUGGAGGCAGCUUGUGGACUUGGGCCGAGUACAGAGCUACUUGAUGGACCAAACUCAGAAUAAACUGAUCGGAGGCUGGGCCAAGAAUGACCAGGACGACCCGGAUAUUUACCACACAAUGAUGGGUAUCGCGGCACUAAAACUAAUAGACGGCGAAUUGGACGGCGUGUUGUGCAUGCCAACAUCGAUUGUCCACGAAUUUGGGCUUCGUUAA